AUUCGACGGCGCAGAUGAUGGAGUCGUGAGGGAUUGCGCGCGAAGAACCGCGGGCUGCUACGCGUAGUUCUCAGAACAUAUCGAGCUGCCUCCUCUUUACAACACCAUUUCCCAGCCCGGCAAUAGAAAAACAAUCGAAAAUAUGCCCGCUCGCAAGGUCAAAUGCUGCAUUUCGGUCGACAUUGACGCGGUGGCCGGUUGGUUAGGAAGCUAUGGAGGUGAAGACAGCACGUCGGAUAUCUCCCGUGGGCUGUUUGCCGGGUCGAUUGGAGUACGUCGUCUGUUGAAGCUGUUUGAUAAGUACAGCAUCAAAACGACCUUCUUCAUCCCGGGUCACUCGUUGGAGACGUUCCCCGAGGAAUGCCGAAUGAUUGUUGAAAAGGGCCAUGAGAUUGGUCUGCAUGGCUACUCGCAUGAGAAUCCUCGGAGCAUGACGUUGGAGCAGCAGACGGCUGUUAUGGAUAAGUGCUACAAUUUGAUCACGGCAUUUCAAGACGGCAAGCCUCCUCGAGGGAUCGUUGCGCCGUGGUGGGAGUCUUCGCAGGAGGGUGCGGAGUUGAUGCUCAAGUAUGGACUCGAGUAUGACCACUCAUUCUCACACCAUGACUGCCAAUGCUACUGGCUGCGCACGGGCGAUAGCUGGAUUCCGAUUGAUUUGGAGAAGCAUCCGGAUCAUUGGAUGAAGCCUCUGAAGGGCGGGCCGAUGACGGGGUUGGUCGAGAUUCCAGCGUCGUGGUAUCUCGAUGAUUUGCCACCGAUGAUGUUCAUCAAAGCGGCCGCAAACUCCCACGGCUGGGUCAAUCCCAAAGACGUGGAGGAGCUCUGGCUAAACCAAUUCGAUUAUUUCUACCGCGAGGAAGAAGAAUUCGUCUUUCCCGUGACGGUUCAUCCCGAUGUCUGUGGCCAUCCGCAUGGACUGCUCAUGUUGGAGCGUAUCAUCGAAUACAUCAACAAGUUUGAGGGGGUUGAAUGGGUGACGAUGGAGCAGAUCUGUGACGAUUUUAAGUCGAAGAACCAGCCUCCCAAGGGCGCCAUGUUGCCUGCGAAGCCUGGUGCCAUACUCGAGAACAGGGAUCUGAAGCUGGAGAUUCAGGCAUAAUGUGAGGGUGUCGACGAAGGAUGAGAGAUGUACAUGAUCGUCCAUAAAACAAUGUCUGAUGUCAGGCUGAUGACCCCGUGAACGUCUCAACUUGCACCAAAUCACUAGGAUGGUCUGCUGAUGUCGGGCACAAGUGUUUGAUCCGUGCCAUAGAUCAGACGUGCUUCGG